GCAUGUGCUUGGAUAAGCCCCCCUGAAAGCGGAAUGGCAAUUCUUCACCGACGGGACGCCAUUAGGCAGCCACAAAUCCACGUGCCUAGAAAGGCUGCCGCAGCAUCUGUUCCUCCUGUGGUGAGCUCCAACGGGCGCGGGCGGGCAGGCUAGGCAGCUCCCUCCCUGCGAUCCACAGCAAGAAGGCCAUCCAGCCACGUUCUACGUAGGGGAGGAAGAACACAUCUACCAGGAAAGUCUCUCCUGCCCAAGGUGAACUGCAGCCAAGAGGAGUAAAGAGAAAGGAAAGGAGAGGGACAGAGAGACAGGGAAAGCCAAUUCAGGAAACAGAGGAUGGAACAGCAAGGUCUUGUCUCUCAUGAUGUUGGAGGUCAGGAACGUUGCAGUGGAGCCCGAGGUCCCAGCUGGCGUUCCUGCGAGGUAUUAGAUUUGUUGGACAUUUGGGGGGAAUCCAAAGUACAAGGACAACUUAGAAGUAGCCACCGUAAUAUUGAUACCUUUGAAAAUAUCGCAAAGCACAUGGCGAGCAGAGGACACUUCCGGACAGCUCUGGAGUGCAGAAACAAGACCAAGGUAAUGAGAGGGGAGUAUCGCAGGGUCAUCGCCCACAAUUCAAAAUCGGGAAACAAUAGAACCACGUGUCCAUACUAUAAUCAGUUGCACCGAAUUCUUAGAGGGGAUGCUAGUGUGACGCCACUUCGAGUGUCGCGGAAUCUUCAUGUUCGUAGACAUAAUGAUGCUCUGCUGCUGGCAUCUUCAGUCAAGAAUUUAACUACAUCGACAACUUCCCCUACAGCAGUCCAUGCGGAUUCGUCUCGGCUACAUGACCACACAACAGUGAAUUUAAGCGACCUCAGUGACUGUGCUCUCUCGUGGAGAGAAACCAUUUGCAAUGAAGAGGCUGGAGAUGUGCAUAGAGAUGAAGAUAUCUGCGUACAGCAAGCAGAAGGUUUGGAACCGGAUGUACCUGAACUUAAACAUGAGGAUGCAGAAGAUGCACGUGGAAAUGUUGACCCAGAAGUGCACAACCAGACAGCGACCUUGUCACCGGCAGUUCGUCUUGCAGCACUGAGACGAAAGAAGCCCAAAGGAACACGUACGGAAACACUGCUCUUGUCAAUACUGGAAGCGGCAAAAGAGGACGCUUGUAGGAGAGAGAGAGCAGCAGCAACUGAACAUGAGCAGUUCAUGUUGCUAAUGAGAGAAAAUAAUGACCUUUUUCGUCAGAGCCUUGCCAAUAUGGACGAGCGUGCUGCACAGAACAUGCGGGACAGAAACAAGUACUUGAACACAAUGAAUGGAAUAGUCUCAGCUGUUACUGCCAUUGUGUCUAAUCUCGAAACAUUGACCUGCACUUUGCAGGAAUAAACCAAUGCUGCUGCAAGCGGUGGCAAUGUAAGUGGGAUUGGUAGGAGAAGCAGAACAGAAACCAUCAGUGUGCCACUGCAGCAGCUUCCAACAACAUCCUCUACCUGUGACAGUAAUUUAAGUAGGAAGAGAAAAAGACCACCUUUGCCGACAGGAAAGGAAAACAAGGGACACACCAAAAAACCACAAAGAUCUGGAGUUUGCCCUUCUUUGCAGGCAAACACCCCAAAACCACAAUUUGUUGUGCAUUACUGAAACCUGGUUAAAUGAGGCGGGCGGAGUAAACCUGAUUAACCUUUGCCCACCUGGUUUCUUGGCUUUACAUCAACCCAGACUUGGGGAUCCUGGAGGUGGAGUAGCAAUAAUAUAUAGAGAGACCAUAUCUCUGACUAGAAUACCGCUACCACCCCUGCUUGGAUUUGAAGCCCUUAGUUUAAAGUCUGGUGGUCAGAAUGGCUUAGUAAUUUUAUUGAUUUACCGCUCUCCAUGUUGCCCUAUGACCGCCUUGCAGGAGCUGUUUAAUUUGAUAUUAGAACUAAUGCUGGUGUCCCCUAAACUGUUAGUAUUGGGAGACUUUAACAUUCAUGUUAAUUCCUCUUUAUAUGGUGCGGCCCGUGAUUUUGUGAUGACUAUGACCACUUUGGGACUAUCUCAAUUAAUUAAUGGACCCACACAUAGAGCUGGUCAUACUCUUGAUCUGGUUUUCUAUACUGGCUCUGAUAAAGAGAACUCGGCAAUUAGUGACCUAUUUAUUCGUCCAUUACUUUGGACAGAACACUAUUUGAUUAAAUUCAAAAUACCACCAUUACAUAUUCCUGUGAAAGGAAAGAAUCCUUUAGAAAUGAUCCGCCCAAAAAGACUAUUAAAUCCAACUGUUUUCUUAUCUACUGUUGAAAAAUUUUCUGUUCCCUGAACCAGUAACUUUAUUGUCGAUUUAGUCGACGCUUGGAAUAACACAAUGUCUAGGACUAUAGAUGCUAUUGCCCCUCUACGUCCACUUACUCAUUCUCGUUCUAAAGUUGCCCCAUGGUUUUCUAAAGAGUUGGCAGAUAUGAAAAGGAUUUAUAGGGGCUUAGAGCAUCGUUGGCUAAAGACACGGAGCCUUUUUGACCAACGUCAGGCUAGGAACUUUUUGAAGCAUUAUAUGACAUCUAGACUUACGGCACAAAGAGCUUUUUUCUCGGCUGCCAUUUUGUCUGCCGACAACCGUCCAAAGGAACUCUUCCGAGUGGUUAAGAGUCUGCUUAACCAAGACCAACAUAAGCCGAACCUUGAUCAUUCUGCUUCUCGUUGCCAAGAACUAGCCACAUAUUUUAGUACGAAAAUUGCCCAGAUUCGUUCUAACCUUGACUCUAAUAACAUUAUAUCUGAUAUUAUGACCCCCACCAUUGUGAUUGAUUGUUCUCCUACUUUAGACUCUUUUCAGCUUGUCCAUCCUGCUGAUAUAGAUAAUCUUCUGGAAGGGAUGAGACCCACCACGUGUCCAUUAGAUCCUUGUCCCUCCUGGAUUAUAGAACAGUCCAGGAUGGGACUUGCAAAUCAGAUCUGUGAGGUGAUUAAUGCCUCCCUCCAGCAAGGCCAUCUCCCAGGAAGCCUAAAGGAAGCAAUUAUUAUUCCCCUAUUAAAAAAGCCUUCCUUGAACCCCUCCUGUUUAAACAAUUUUCAUCCUGUGUCUAAUCUGCCUUUUUUAAGUAAAAUUAUUGAGAGAGUUGUGGCCUCUCAGCUCCAGAGUUUUUUGGAGCUAACAGAUUACUAUGACUCAUUCCAGUCUGGUUUUAGGCCGGGCAAUGGUACUGAGACUGUACUGGUGGCCUUAGUGGAUGAUCUCCGGAAGGAGUUGGACAGGGGAAGGAUGUCUCUGUUGGUCCUUCUGGAUCUUUCAGCAGCGUUUGACAUGAUUGACCAUGACAUUCUCCUGGGCCGCCUCUCUGAGAUGGGCUUACGGGGCACUUUUUCAGUGGCUCUGCUCUUUCUUGGAGGGCAGAUCACAGAGAGUACGGUUUGGGGAUUUUAGUUCUGAUCCCUGGCCGUUGUCAUGCGGAGUGCCACAAGGCUCGGUGCUUUCACCGAUGCUAUUUAAUAUUUAUAUGAAGCCGCUAGGUGAGAUCAUCCGGAGUUUUGGAAUUCGGUUUCACCAAUAUGCUGAUGACACCCAGCUUUAUUUUUCCUUCCCUCCGGAUAUGAGAGAUGCUAUUCUCCCCUUAAAUAAAUGUCUAACAGCAAUUAAGAUCUGGAUGAUGCAGAACAAACUGAAAUAGAACCCAGAUAAAACAGAGGUGCUGGUGGUUGGGGACCGAACCAAGUUGGAAACAGGGAAUGUACCGUCAUUUGAUGGAACUUUACUCCCUUUAGACCCAGGUUCGGAGUCUGGGUGUCCUUCUGGAUUCAGCCUUGACCUUGGAGGCCCAUGUUUUACCAACGUCCAGAAGCGCUUUGGCCCGCCUAAAACUCGUUCGCCAACUGCGCCCUUUUCUGGAGCUCUCUGACCUAACCACGGUUACUUACGCCUUGGUUACGUCUAAGUUAGACUAUUGUAAUUCACUUUACACAGGACUUCCUCUUAAAACACUUCAUCAACUGAAAUUAGUCCAAAGAGCAGCUGCCAGGAUGUUAACAGGAGCGAGUUGGCGAGCCCACACUACCCCACUCCUAAAACAACUACACUGGCUUCCAAUUUCUUAUCGAAUUCAGUUUAAAAUUUUGAUGUUAACAUUUAGAGCGUUAUCUGGCUCAGGCCCUAGUUACCUAUCAAAUCGUAUCUCAUUUUAUGAACCUACUCGUCCCCUAAGAUCUUCAUCACACCCUGACCUUAAUAUUCCUUCCUUUUCUCAAAUUCAUCGGACUGGCAUUAGGAAUAAAUCUUUUUUGGUGGUAGCUCCAACUCUUUGGAACUCUCUUCCGCAGGAAAUUCAUUUUUCCCCGUCUUUGAUUAGUUUUCGUCAUCAAGUUAAGACCUUUUUAUUUCGGUUAGCUUUUGAAGUAUAAUGUGAGAGAUAAUUGUUUUUAUUGUAUAUUGUAUAAUUUGUCUAUAUAUUAUAUUAUUGUUUUGCCGCUUAGAAUUCUUUGGAACUGAAGUGGGAUAUAAACUUUUUAAAUAAAUAAAUAAAGUUCCCAGUUGUCCCCUUCUUCUCAGGACCUCAUAUCGUCCAGUGCUGAGUCUGAUGAUGAGACAGUAAUUGAUGCGGAGAGUUCAUCAUCAGUUGCACAGAUUAGGCCACCACCAAGUCCCAUUGCUGGAAUUGUUAACCCACAGAGCUCGGAAGUGUGUCUGUCCCAGUUCGGUGUCCCCUCAAUCAAGCCACUAAUGUCCACCCCACAAAUAUCUCGCCAUGCAAGAUGUGUCAGAAAGCCACAACCCUAUAGCCCCUAGGGGUAUGUUUGUACAUGCUUAACCCAAGGAUAAAUAAUGUUUCAUGGCUUUCACGGUUGCAAAAUGACUAUAUUGGCACACAACAAUCUAUAGAAAGAAGGGGUGCAUGCAUGUGCUCAUAAUUGGAGUUGGGUUGUUAAUGCAGUGUAAAAUGUGGCCUCCAUUACUUUUAUCCUCUUGUCGAUUGCUGUAAUGCAAAUGUUCCCAAUUUCUUUCACGACAACUUCGAGCGAGUUGAGACGUACCUCAAAGCUCUGUGCUGUGAAAGCAAUGGCAUACUCAGGUGCAAUGCUUAACAUUUGUUAAGGUUGUUUGGUUGUUUCUGCACAUAAGAACAUAAGAAGAGCCUGCUGGAUCAGGCCAGUGGCCCAUCUAGUCCAGCAUCCUGUUCUCACAGUGGCCAACCAGGUGCCUGGGGGAAGCCCGCAAGCAGGACCUGAGUGCAAGCCUCCUGAGGCUUCCGGCAACUGGUUUUCAGAAGCAUGCUGCCUCUGACUAGGGUGGCAGAGCACAGCCAUCAUGGCUAGUAGCCAUUGAUAGCCCUGUCCUCCAUGAAUUUGUCUAAUCUUCUUUUAAAGCCGUCCAAGCUGGUGGCCAUUACUGCAUCUUGUGGGAGCAAAUUCCAUAGUUUAACUAUGCGCUGAGUAAAGAAGUACUUCCUUUUGUCUGUCCUGAAUCUUCCAACGUUCAGCUUCUUUGAAUGUCCACGAGUUCUAGUAUUAUGAGGGAGAAGAACUUUUCUCUAUCCACUUUCUCAAUGCCAUGCAUAAUUUUAUACACUUCUAUCAUGUCUCCUCUGACCCGCCUUUUCUCUAAACUAAAAAGCCCCAAAUGCUGCAACCUUUCCUCGUAAGGGAGUCGCUCCAUCCCCUUGAUCAUUCUGGUUGCCCUCUUCUGAACCUUUUCCAACUCUAUAAUAUCCUUUUUGAGAUGAGGCAACCAGAACUGUACACAGUAUUCCAAAUGCGGCCGCACCAUAGAUUUAUACAACGGCAUUAUGAUAUCGGCUGUUUUAUUUUCAAUACCUUUCCUAAUUAUUGCUAGCAUGGAAUUUGACUUUUUCACAGCUGCCGCACACUGGGUCGACAUUUUCAUUGUGCUGUCCACUACAACCCCGAGGUCUCUCUCCUGGUCGGUCACCGCCAGUUCAGACCCCAUGAGCGUAUAUGUGAAAUUCAGAUUUUUUUGCUCCAAUAUGCAUAAUUUUACACUUGUUUAUAUUGAAUUGCAUUUGCCAUUUUUCCGCCCAUUCACUCAGUUUGGAGAGAUCUUUUUGGAGCUCUUCACAAUCCCUUUUUGUUUUAACAACCCUGAACAAUUUAGUGUCGUCAGCAAACUUGGCCACUUCACUGCUCACUCCUAAUUCUAGGUCAUUAAUGAACAAGUUGAAAAGUACAGGUCCCAAUACCGAUUCUUGAGGGACUCCACUUUCUACAGCCCUCCAUUGGGAGAACUGUCCGUUUAUUCCUACUCUCUGCUUUCUGCUUCUUAACCAAUUCCUUAUCCACAAGAGGACCUCUCCUCUUAUUCCAUGACUGCUAAGCUUCCUCAGAAGUCUUUGGUGAGGUACCUUGUCAAACGCUUUUUGAAAGUCUAAGUACACUAUGUCCACUGGAUCACCUCUCUAUAUGCUUGUUGACACUCUCAAAGAAUUCUAAUAGGUUACUGAGACAGGACUUUCCCUUGCAGAAGCCAUGCUGGCUCUGCUUCAGCAAGGCUUGUUCUUCUAUGUGCUUAGUUAAUCUAGCUUUAAUCAUACUUUCUACCAGUUUUCCAGGGACAUAAGUUAAGCUAACUGGCCUGUAAUUUCCGGGAUCCCCUCUGGAUCCCUUUUUGAAGAUUGGCGUUACAUUUGCCACUUUCCAGUUCUCAGGCACGGAGCAGGACCCGAGGGACAAGUUACAUAUUUUAGUUAGCAGAUCAGCAAUUUCACCUUUGAGUUCUUUGAGAACUCUCGGGUGGAUGCCAUCCGGGCCCGGUGAUUUCUCAGUUUUUAUAUUGUCCAUUAAGCCUAGAACUUCCUCU